AUGGCAUACGAUGGGGCUAUGUUUGAUUGGCUUGAUAAGCAAAAACCCAGGUCAAUUGUGUUUGUGGGGUUUGGGAGUGAGUGUAGGCUGAGCAAAGAACAAGUUCAUGAGAUAGCUCAUGGGCUGGAGCUAUCAGAAUUGCCAUUUAUUUGGGGACUCAGAAAACCUAUUUAAGCUAACAGUGAUGAAGUAGAUGAUUUUAUGCCUUUAGGUUUUGUUGACAGGACAUCAGAGAAAGGGCUUGUUUACUUUGGAUGGGUGCCCCAAAUGGAAAUUUUGGCCCACUCAUCAGUUGGGGGUUCUUUGUUUCAUUCUGGAUGGGGUUCUGUGAUUGAGACCCUGCAAUUUGGGCAUUGCCUUGUUGUGUUACCCUUCAUGUAUAAUCAGCCUUUGAAUGCAAGGCUUUUGGUAAAGAAGGGUCUGGCUGCCGAAGUGAAGCGCAACGAAGACGGGUCGCUUAGUAGAGAGGAAAUAGCAAAAACACUGAGGCUAGCAAUGGUGGAAGAGGAAGGAGAGCACUUGAGAAGCAAUGCGAGGAAAGCUGCUGCAGUUUUUGGAGAUCACAAGCUGCACCAAGACCACUACAUCGGUGCAUUUGUCGAUUAUCUUAAAAAUAAUGUUGCAAAUUAAGAGGUGAUCUAUCGAUCAUCCCAGAAUCAUAGCAUGGAUCGCCAUUGAGUUAGGUAGUAGCUCUUCUGUUUGCAACUUGGACACUGUUGUCUGAGUCAUUUCCUGGUUAAUUGUCUAGCUUUAUCCUUUUGUGUUCAUGUGAAUCAUGUCUUGUUUCAGUUUUCUACUUGCUAUUAAUCAAUCAAAUAAGGGUUUGUU